GUUAUUUUUACAAGUUUAAACAUUAAAAAUUUUCAUAUUUAAAUUUACAAGUUCCAACAGAAAUAAUUUCUCUUUUAGUAAUAUUAUGUAUAGUUCAGGUUUGUCACGUUGGUAUGUUACUAGAAUCAAUAUGCCAGACGUCACAUAGUUACAAAGCGCCUUUAUGAUGUGUGAUUGUACCCUAAUGGUAUAAUAUUUUUUUCGCAUACCUACCCAUCUCUUUUCAGUUUUAGAAAUCGUCUGCUAGUUAAGCUUUUGGCGGCAUGUCUCUCUGUAUUGUGGGAAAUAAUUUUCUUGGAAUAAAAUAAUUUUACAGUAAUUUUUAAAUUUACGUAAAAAAAAAAAAUAAAAGCACAGUAACUCUUUAAUAAUCUCCAUGAUUUAUAUUUGAAAAAUUCACAGAUGAAUCAACAGUAAAGCACAAUGGAGUCAAUAACAAAUGCGGCAGAAGAUUUGGUACCUCGUCCGUAUCAAAUUGAUCUUUUUGAAAAGGCCGUGGCAGAAAAUACGAUAAUUUAUCUACCCACAGGAUCGGGAAAAACAUUUAUUGCUGUUCAAGUUGUAAAAAAACUAAGUGCCGCUAUACAGGGUAAAUAUAGUAGUGGAUCGAAACGAACAAUUUUUAUUGUAAAUACAGUACCACUUGUAAUGCAACAAACAGAUUAUCUUGCAAGGCAUACAGGUUUAAAUGCCAAGGGUUUUAGCGGCGAUACACGUGUUAAAAGUUGGGAUAAUAAAAAAUGGCGCAGCGAAAUCGAAGACACACCGAUUUUAGUAAUGGUAGCACAGAUAUUUCUCGAUAUAAUUAAUUGUGGAGCAAUGUCACUUGAUGGGGUAAAUUUAAUAAUAUUCGACGAAUGCCAUAGAGCUGUAACUGAUCAUCCAAUGAGGCAAAUAAUGCAAAGAUUUGAAAAAUGUCCAAUUGAUAAAAGACCAAGAGUUUUGGGUUUAUCGGCAACUUUACUUAAUGCUAAUGUUAAUAUAGAUAAAGUACAAGAAACAAUUGAGUCACUGGAAGUAACGUUUAAUGCAAAAAUAGCAUCAAUUGAAUCAUUAGCUAUUAUUGCUGGAUUUUCAACAAAUCCAAGAGAAAAUUGUAUUAAAUAUAAUGAAAUAUUAGAAUGUCCAAAAGAAGUUGAUGAUAUUAUAAAUGAAGUGACGGAAAUAUUGAAAAUCAUUAAAAUACCACAACCAUCGGAUAAUAAUUUAUCGACUUCUGUAUUUAAGGCACAAUCAAGAAGCGAAAAAUUAAUAAAUAUUUUAUUUGAUAUUAAGGAAAAUUUAUUGAAUACAGGAAUAUUUGGAGGCAGUAAAGCUGUAUUAUUACAUAUGAUACAAAUGGAAAAUAUUAAAAAAGUUGUUACCGAACCACAAACAAUAUUUAUCUUGGAAUUUAUUUUCACAAAAUUAAUGAUUCUACGAAAAAUGUUUGACGUUGAAAUGCAGGGAUUAUCGCUAAAAGAACAAAUUUAUCAAUUUUCAUCGGACAAAAUUCUCAAAUUAAUAGCAGUACUAAAACAAUUUAAAGAGAGAAAAGAUUCUAAUCAAAAAUUUUGUUGUAUUAUUUUUGUUAAACGUCGCUUUACUGCACAAAUUUUGUAUCAUAUUUUAAAAAAUCUUCAAGAGUCAAAUAAUGAAUUUAAUUUUUUGAUGCCUAAAUAUAUGGUGGGAUCACAUAGUGAUUCUUUUAAAAAUACUAGAGAAAGCAUGUGUACUGCUAAAUGGAAUCAGGAGGUAUUAAGAAGUUUCCGUAAUGGUAAAUCAAAUUGUAUUGUUGCAACUGAUGUUGUGGACGAAGGUGUCGAUAUUCCUCAAUGCACUUUAAUUGUUCGUUUUGAUUUAUCAAUGGAUUUUAGAUCUUAUAUACAAAGUAAAGGUAGAGCUCGUCAUUCAUCGAGUCAAUAUACAAUGCUUGUACCAAAUGGUGAUGAUAAAUUUGAAUCAAAAUAUAUUGAAUUUCAACAAACUGAAAAAUUUCUUCAACAAAUACUAGUUGGACAUACUGAUUUUCGUACAUUGCCAAAAAUUGAAGAUAUUGAAAAUGAAUUGUAUAAUUAUAAAAUUGAACCCUAUUUGCAUAUUAAUGCGGAGGGUAAAACAUGUGCAAUAACUGAACAAUCUGCCAUUAAUUUAUUAAAUAGAUAUUGUGCAAAUUUAUAUAAAUCAAAAUUUGUCAGUUUAACGCCAACUUGGACUUUACAUAAAAGUCAAAACAAAAAUCACACGAUAAUUUAUCAGGUAUCACUGAAAUUACCAAUUGUUUCGCCAUUGAAGGAAGUGAUUCUUGGCGAUUGGAUGGAUUCAAUUGAAAAUGCAAAACGAUCAGUUGCAAUGAAAACGUGUAUUAAAUUAAAAGAAAUUGGCGAAUUAAAUGAUAAUUUAAAUCCAAUUAGACCUGAUGAUAUUCAAGAAAAUGUCAAUCAUCUUUUUCCAAAUUGGAUCGAUGAAGAAAUAAAUGAUAACGAAAUACCGGGAAGUUACAGUAAAAAAAGGAAACAUAAUUUAAUUCAUCCAAAAACUUUUUAUGGAGCAUUUCCGCAGAUAAAUAAAAUUUUAUUUCUUCAUAUUAUAAAAAUGACACCAAAAUACAAGUCAAGAGAUAAUCGAGAUUUAGUAUUUUAUAAUUUAUUAAAAGACAAUGCAAGUUAUGGAAUAUUAACAACUACCGAAUUACCUGAAUUACCAAAUUUUCCAAUAUUUAUGAAUAUUGGACCUAUUGAAAUUAAUGUGGAUGUUAAUUUUAAACAAAUACAAUUAGAUGAUGAAAAAAUUAAGUUAUUAAAAAUUUUUCAUUUAAUGUUAUUUCAAAAAAUUUUAAAUCUUAUUCAUGAUUUUAUGAUUUUUGAUGUUAAUAAUUUGGAAAAUAGUUUUGCAAUUGUUCCAGUGAAUAAAAAUUUUGAAAUCGAUUGGAAUAUUGUUGAAACGUAUCAGAAAAUUGAAAAUAAAAUUCCACCAUUGCCAUUGAAAAUUAAUGAAUAUAAUUAUGAAUUUGCAUUGGUAAAGAAAAAUUAUUGUCGUAAUGUGUCGGAAAUUCAAAAAAUUUAUAUUGUUACAAUGAUUUGUAAUGAUAUUAAAGCUGAUUCUAAUUUUCCGGAUAGAAAAUUUGAUUCUUACAUUGAUUAUUAUAGAGAUCGUCACAAUGUAUUUAUAAAAAAUGGAAAACAAUCACUUUUAGAAGUAAAAUCAAUAUCAACGAAUAUUAAUUUUAUUGUACCUCGAAACAGUAGCAAAAAAACGAGGGAAAAUAUUGAAAAAGAAGAACAUCUUGUACCUGAACUUUGUGAUAUUAUAAAUUUUCCCGCAUUAUAUUGGUUAAAAGCAACGGCAUUGCCAUCAAUUCUUCAUCGAAUAAUGCAAUUUUUAAUUGCCGAUGAAUUACAACGGGAGAUUGAAAAAAAUGCUAAAAUUCAAGUAAAUUAUUGUAAAUCAUCAAUUUUGACAAUAAAUGAUAUUGAGGAGAAAAAAGAGAUAAUAGAAACAAUAUUUGAUGAAUCAUUAGAAAUUGAUGAAACAGAAUUGGAACUAAUGGAAAUUGAAGGCACAGAAUUUAAUGUAUUUAAUAUAAAAACCGAAUAUCCAUGGUUAAAAAAAGAUGAGCCUUUGGAUUUAAUAUGCGAUGCGGAUAAAAUUCAAAUGAUUGACAUUGAAAUGUAUUAUAAAUUUAUGAAUAUUGAUGAAAAAAAUGAAGAUAUUAUGAAAAAUACAAAAAUUAUUAAUAAUUAUAAUUUGCGGCCAAAUUUAAAAGUGCCGAUGAUAAAAUUAUUAUUAAAUAAAAAUUCAGAGGGGCUUAAUAAUAUUAUUUUAAUGAAGGCUCUAACAAGUAAAUUAAGUAACGAUGCUUUUGAUUUUGAACGUAUGGAAACAUUGGGUGAUUCAUUUUUAAAAUUUGCUGUCACUUUAUUUUUAUAUGAAACAUAUAAAAAUUUCAAUGAAGGCCAAUUAACGGCAUUAAAGGGGAAAUUAAUUGGUAAUAGAAAUCUAUAUUAUUGUGGUUUAAAUAAAAAAAUUCCAGGACAUAUAAAAAUUGAGGAAUUUAUUCCUGGUAAUAAUUUUAUUGUUCCUUCUUUCACUGCCGAUAGAGCAAUUCAACAAAUAUUAAUUGACAAUGAGAUAUCCUCAAAUGUAUUAUAUGAAUUACAUAUACCGGAUGAGGAGAAAAUUAAUGGUUUUAUAACUGAAUCAACUCUAAAUAAUAUUGAGGAAAGAAUUUUAAAUUGGAAUGAUAAACCAACAAAUUGUAUAAUGGAACAUUUUUUAGGAAGGCAAAAUAUUGCUGAUAAAAUUGUUGCCGAUUGUGUUGAAUCAAUUAUUGGUGCUUGCCUUUGUUCCCUGGGCAUAGAAGGCGCUUUAAAUAUUCUCAAAUGGUUUCAAAUAAUUCCAUCGUUGUCGAAUGUUGAAUUGAAAAAUAUUUCAAUUUCAAGGAAUUCAUUUAAUGAAAUUGUUGCGGCAAAUAUUAAUGAUCACAUGCCCUGGGCAACUAUGAUUGAAAAGAGAUUAAAUUAUACAUUCAAUGAUCGAUCAUUACUUCUUCAGGCAUUUUCUCAUCCGUCGUAUUCGGCUAAUGGUUCAACUCCAUGUUAUCAAAGACUAGAGUUUCUUGGCGAUGCAGUUUUAGAUUUUCUUAUAACCGUUUAUAUAUAUGAAUAUUGUGGAGAAUUGUCUCCUGGCGAUCUUACGGAUUUAAGAUCAGCAUUAGUAAAUAAUAUAACAUUUGCUUGUAUCUCGGUGAGAUAUGGAUUACAUAUUGCACUAUUGUCUUACAUACCAAGUUUACAUGAGACAAUAAAUAGAUUUGUAAAAUAUCAAGAACAAAAAAAUCACGUCGUUGAUGUUGAGUUACUCUGGACUUUACUUGAGGAAGAUGAAUGUAAUUUAGCUGAACAUGUUGAUGGACCAAAAGUAUUGAGCGAUAUUUUCGAAUCAUUAAUUGGUGCUAUUUAUAUUGAUUCGGGAAAAAAUUUGCAAAAAGUUUGGGAAAUUUUAUUCACAAUGAUGCAUAAAGAAUUUGAAUUAUUUUGUGCUGAUGUUCCAAAACAACCGGUGAGAGUUAUUUAUGAAACUGGACUAAAACCAAGAUUUUUAAAAGCAACGAAAGUAGAAGCAACUGGUCAAAUAAUGAUACCGUUAGAAAUUAUUGUCGAGGGAAAACGAAUAUUAUUCCAUGGAUUUGGCGCUAAUAAAAAGCAGGCAAAAUCCGCGGCAUCGAAACAAGCAUUAUUAAAAUAUUAUCAAUCUAAAAAAAUAUGUCUGGCAGACAAGAUGGAAAUCGCACUAAUCAGUGUAAUCCAACUCAUACACCGAGUGGACCAGGACAUCAAGCCGGUUAUCAUGGAAGUGGAACAAAGGCCGAUAAGGACAAUCAUUCUCGUCAAAUGAAUCCACAAGAUUCAAGAGGUUCACAACGAAAAUAAUUUUGAAAAAAAAAAAAAAUUUUUUUCUCAAUUUAUAUAUAUAUUUUUUUUUCUUCACAUUAUGUAAAAUAAUGUAACAAUAUAUAACAUAAAAAAAAAAUUUCAAGAUUUAAA